GAAUUUUCUUGAUAAAGAAAUAUGAUCGUUCUGUAACGAUUCAGACAAUGAAUUGACAUGCAUUCUAUUAGUAUGCAGAGUACCUUUAAGACGCUGACCAUCUCAUUUGCAUAUGUGUGUGCUGCGUGAUUAGAGAGUUACGCAGUCUGUGCAGGUGGAUGAUGACCGAUAUGCUCUCCCUGACCUUUAUUAUACUUUUAUGUUUUGUGACGCUAAUGGUUUGUUCAUUUUCUCGAGUAUGAGAAGAGCGUGCAGGCUGUGUAUCUGCCAUUAAACGUGUGGAAUUCAGACUUCUGCUGUUUGGCUCCGUGAUUUGUCGGACUAAACCAAUAAUCCGGUUUACUGCAGUUUCUACAUGUCAACAUUGGGAUCAAGUUCCCCAGAAUGACCAAUUCACGACCCAAAGAGUUUAUUCCACCACCGGAGUGCCCUGUCUUUGAGCCCAGUUGGGAGGAAUUUGCGGACCCUUUCGGGUUCAUCAACAAAAUACGUCCAAUUGCAGAAAAUACUGGCAUCUGCAAGAUCCGACCGCCCCUGGGAUGGCAGCCACCAUUUGCCUGUGAUGUGGACAGACUGCAUUUCACCCCACGCAUUCAAAGGCUUAAUGAGUUAGAGGCCCAAACUAGAGUGAAGCUCAACUUCCUGGACCAGAUAGCAAAGUUUUGGGAACUGCAGGGCUGCACGCUGAAAAUUCCUCAUGUUGAGCGUAAAACCCUGGACUUGUAUGUGCUCUAUAAGCUGGUCAAAGAGGAGGGAGGCUUUGAUGUGGUCUGCAAAGAGCGGAGAUGGACUCAGAUAGCACUGAGGAUGGGCUUUGCUCCUGGCAAAGCAAUUGGCUCUCACCUGCGUGCUCACUAUGAGAGAAUUCUCUACCCUUACUACCUGUUCCAGGCAGGAGCUUAUUUUAUGAACUCUCAGAAACCUACUCUGACGAAUGACACCAAAGACCAGGAGUAUAAAUCCCAUGACCUGCCCCAGCGCCAGUCAGUGCAGCCAGUAGAAACCUGCACUAUCGCUCGCCGAGCCAAGCGGACAGAGGGCCGCUGUUUUAAAUCAGAGCAGGGCGAGGUGUGUGAAAACAAGCCCAACCUGAGGAGGAGAAUGGGCUUGUGUGUGGCUAAAACAGAACCAGUGAAAGAAAUUCCAGUCCAGGUGAAACAAGAACCCAUUGAGCCAACAACUGAGGGUGAAAAAUCAACGGUGAGUGAGGUGAAAAGCCAGUUACCAUUUAAAAAAACAAAGCAAGCACUGCAUUCCUUUGUGCCAAUGUUCUGGGGUUUCUCCCCACAGGUGGAGCAGUACAUAUGCUUGGUAUGCAGGGGUGGAGGAGAUGAAGAUAGACUAUUGCUUUGUGAUGGGUGUGAUGACAGCUAUCACACGUUCUGUCUGAUCCCACCCCUCCACGAUGUCCCCAAAGGUGACUGGAGAUGCCCCAAGUGCCUGGCUCAGGAGUGUGGUAAGCCACAGGUGGCGUUUGGGUUUGAGCAGGCCUCCCGUGACUACACCCUCCGAACCUUCGGGAAUAUGGCUGACUCGUUCAAGUCAGACUACUUCAACAUGCCUGUUCACAUGGUUCCCACAGAGCUGGUAGAGAAGGAGUUCUGGCGACUGGUUAGCACAAUCGAAGAGGAUGUCACUGUGGAGUAUGGGGCUGAUAUUGCUUCAAAGGACUUUGGAAGUGGCUUCCCUGUUAAGAAUGGCACCUUCAAAGUCUCACCGGAGGAGGAGGAUUAUCUGAGUAGUGGAUGGAACCUUAACAACAUGCCAGUGUUAGAUGCAUCUGUGCUGACUCAUGUCACAGCAGACAUCUGUGGGAUGAAGCUCCCAUGGCUGUAUGUGGGCAUGUGCUUCUCAUCCUUCUGCUGGCAUAUUGAGGACCACUGGAGCUAUUCCAUCAACUAUUUGCACUGGGGGGAGCCAAAGACAUGGUACGGUGCUCCUGGCUAUGCUGCUGAGCAGUUGGAGAGUGUGAUGAAGAACCUGGCCCCAGAGCUCUUUGAGUCUCAGCCAGACCUGCUCCACCAACUGGUCACCAUUAUGAACCCAAACGUCCUCAUGGACAAUGGAGUACCAAUUUACCGUACAAACCAGUGUGCUGGCGAGUUUGUCAUUACCUUUCCAAGGGCCUAUCACAGUGGAUUCAACCAGGGCUUUAACUUUGCAGAGGCAGUCAACUUCUGCACAGCCGACUGGAUGUCUCUUGGUCGGCAGUGUAUCGAGCACUACCGAUCUCUGAACCGAUACUGUGUUUUCUCCCACGAUGAGAUGACCUGUAACAUUGCCAACAAGGCAGACAGUCUAGAGUUGGAACUGGCCUCUGCAGUCCAGAAGGACAUGAGCUCCAUGAUUCAGGAGGAGAAGGAGCUCCGUGAGAAAGCUUAUAAGAUGGGCUUGUGGCACUCCCAGCAGGUUGACUAUGAUAUACUUCCAGAUGAGGAAAGGCAGUGUGCUAAGUGCCGGACCACCUGUUACCUGUCUGCCAUCACCUGUCCCUGUAGUCCAGACCAGCUUGUCUGUCUUCACCACAUUCAGGAUCUUUGCUCAUGCCCUGUUAGCAACUACACACUCAACUAUAAAUACACCCUUUCCGAACUGAACCCAGUGUUCCAGGCUGUGACUUCACGUGCAGAAUCUUAUGAUGACUGGGCAUUUAAAGUUAACAAAAUUUUGAAAGCAAAUCAAGACAGUAAAAGUGAUUUUGAGGAGCUUCGCUCGCUGGUUGUGGAAGCAGAGAAGAAAAUAUACCCUGAGACUGACUUGCUAAAUUACCUGCGUCAAGUAAUCCAGAAUGCAGAGAGGAGUGCGUCAAUGGCCCAACAACUACUCAACGGCAAGAGACAGACAAGGUAUCGCUCUGGUGGUGGAAAGUCUCAGAAUCAGCUCACUGUAGAGGAACUCAGGUCGUUUGUCAAUCAGCUGUAUGAACUGCCCUGUACCAUUCGACAGGCCCCUUUCCUAAAGGCUCUUUUGAACCGUGUUGAACAGUUCCAGCAGCAGAGCUCCGAUCUCCUAGCAGAGGAUAUGCCUGGUUCCUCUGUCCUCCAAGGCCUCCUAGAUGAAGGUGCAGGCCUGGAUGUGGAGUUGCCUCAGCUGGCAGUAUUGAGGCAGAGGCUGGAGCAGGCCCGCUGGGUGGAGGCUGUUCAGCAAGCCAGUGAUCAGCCGGCCAGCCUCAGUCUAGACUACAUGAGGCGGCUCAUAGAUCAAGGGGUGGGCCUGGCACCGCAUGCAUGUGUGGAAAGAACCAUGGCCCGCCUGCAGGAGCUACUCACUGUCUGUGAACAUUGGGAAGAAAAGGCUAAUAACAUGCUCACUGCUAGACCUCGUCAUAGCAUUGACAUUCUUGAGGCAGCCAUACAGGAAGUGGACAGUAUCCCAGCAUUUCUGCCCAACUGUGUUCAGCUUAAAGACUGUGUCAGCAGUGCCAGAGAGUGGAUAAAGGAGGCAGAUGCUCUUCAGGUUGGUGGGCGUAUCCCUGUUCUCGCUACCCUAUCUGAACUAGUGUCAAGAGCCAGAGGUAUUCCGGUUAUGUUGGAGCCUUUGACCCGACUGGAAAGUUUAGUGUCUGAGGUCCAGGCCUGGAAGGAGAGCGCAGCUAAAACAUUCCUGUUAAGGAACUCAUCCCAUUCUCUCCUUGAGGUUCUUUGUCCUAGGUGUGAGACGGGGCCUCAGAAGUCAAAGUCAAAAAAAGCCAAGGAUGUCUCACUACCCAGCAAGAAAGUUGAUGUAAAACUGGACUCUCUCUGUGACGUGGAAAGAGUGCUUUCUACAAGCAACGAUACAGCUUCAGCAAUGGCCACUCUCGAAGAUGUACGCCAGAAAGAAUUGGAAAGUUUGUCAGUCCUGAGGGCCUCAAAUGAGUCAAAGUUUCAGUCUUCUCCCAGCUGUUUGGCUCCCACAGUGUGCUUGUGUCACACCGUAUCCGCAGGCCCAAUGCUCCAGUGUGAACUCUGUCGAGACGCCUACCACAGUGGCUGUGUGCCAGGGUUCAAGGACAUCAAGGCAGGCCAACCAUGGUUAUGCCCGCUUUGCAAACGGUCAGAGAAACCCCCUUUGGACAAGGUGCUGCCCCUUCUUGCUUCCUUACAGCGGAUUCGGGUGCGGCUUCCGGAAGGCGAUGCCCUGCGAUAUGUGAUUGAGAGAACAGUGCGUUGGCAACACAGUGUGCAACAGGUUUCUCCUCCUACACAGCAUCCUAAUGGAAAAGCAAGACACAUUUCUGGAAUUGCAUCAUCUCCUAUACUUGAAGGGAGCAACAGUUCAUUCUACAUGCUGCAGCCAUGUAUCCCUCUCGGUGGCCUCAGUGCUGAGUUGGAGGAGCUGUUGGUUGAGGGUCUGCUCUUGCAGGUGACUUUACCUGAACUGCAGCAUCUUUUUAACAGCCUGCUCAACAGGUUUACCCCAUCUCAACACUCCCUCCAGAGUAGCGAACACGAUCACCAGUAUCACAUUGCCCAGGACAGAAGUCCACCUCACAGAAGUCCCCCUCACAGCAAAGGACAGGAUGGAGUUCCAGAAACCAAGAAGGAACAUGAAAAGGUUGAGAAAAACAGCAAACGGCGUCUAGAGAAAGAGAACUUGGGAGGGCAGCACCGAGACAAGAUAAAGAAGCCCAAGAAAAAGAAGCUUAAAAUGAACAAAGAAAGGAGAAGAGAGGAGAAAAGAACCACCUCCCCCUCCAACUCUCUGUCUGAUCCAUCAUAUUCAGAAGACUCUGAGGAGGAUUGGUCUGUGUGCUCAGCAAAACUAUGUCAACAGCCAGAAGGAAAUGAGGUCAACUGGGUCCAGUGUGAUGGCAGCUGUAACCAGUGGUUCCACCAGAUUUGUGUGGGUGUGUCUGCUGAGCAGGCAGAGAAUGAGGACUAUAUCUGUGUCAGCUGCGCAAUAAACGAUUUGACAGAAUGAGGACCAAAAAAAACAAAAACAUUUUUGAAGGAUAUUCAAAAGGCUCCCCGUUUUGCACAAGUUACAGCACCAAGAAUGCACCUGAUAUCAUCCUCUUUUCAAACCCCUUUAUUGAAACCCUGCUCCCUUGGUGCUACUGCCUUCUUGAUAGGACUGUUAACAGAAAUCUGUAUGAAUCUUCUGCGCAUUUUUGUAUUUUUUAAGAUUUCCUUCUAUAACAUUUUUCUUCUCCAGAGAGCGUGAUGCAUAGACGUACCUCAGGGGUUUCCAUCCCAUAAAUGCAAAACGAUGGGGACUGUGCUUCCCCCCCCCCCCAUAUGUAUUUUUGUUUAUAUUUAUUUUUCCCCUGUCACUUUAGAAUUUCUAACAUGAGUUUAUCAAAUUACAUUUAAUCUGGGCUAUUUACACCAAAUGAGAUUUGUUGGACUAAUCAAAAUGGUAUAAAAUUAUAAUUGGAACCCACUGUUUUGGUACAUGUGUUGAAUAAUAAUAUAAAAUAUUAUUUAUUUAUCCCAGCAAUAACUUGGCUGGUUACCCUGAUUUUUAGUAGCUUGAGAUCUACUCUGAUCUGUUGCUUGAUGCAUUAGAAAUGUUUGUACAGAAUCAAAUGUAGGUUGUCAGACAAGAGAUGUAGCAAGCAGAAGAAGCUGUGUGAAAUACACUUUGUGACGUAUAAUGUGGCUUUCUUUAAAAACUAAAUACUGAUCUUUCCGAUGUUAAUUCAGUUGUGGAAUAAAAUGGUUUGUUCUCAAAUACACAUCUGUUCUAAUUCUGCUGGAUUUCUGAAAUUUUAGGGAUGGUUAACUAAAGAAAUACAUAAUAAUUCUGUCAUUUGCUCACAUUGAUGUUGUUCCAAACCUGUAUUACUUUUGCCCGUUGAGCGCAAAAGAUGUUAAUGGUAGCAUUGGUCACCAUUCACCUUUUAUUGUAGGGAAAAUUAAAGUGGUGACUGAGACUAACAUACUGCCUAACAUCUUUUGACAGACUUUUCAUUUUUGAGAGAACUAUCUUUUAAUUGUCUCUAAAUAUCGAUUGCCAUAUGCCAGCAGUCAUAAUAUGUGGAAAAAUACAUAAUCCUCAUAUGCAAUUCAAUGCUGUGACUGUUCAACUUCUAUUCCUGUGGAUGUGGCCAUAAAGGCGCCAACAAUGGAUGGAAAUAUUUUAUAGCAUGGACCCUUUUCACAUAUCUGUGUUUGGAAUGCUCAA